AUGCACAACGGGGGCUGGCGGGGUCUCUCCACCUUCUCGUUCGAUGAGGAAGCCUCAGUCGCCAUGAACGAGGAGAAAGAGGGCGAAACAAAAUACAAGAGAAAUGAAGAGGAUGUCAUGAAAAGCGCAAGAUACGAAGACAUAUUCGUUCCAGAGGAGCGUGAAGAUAGUCAAUUCAAAAUCAUGGACGAGCCUCAAAACAUGCAAAAUUGGGAACUUUGGAUCGACCUGAUGAAAGUCCAAGAGCAGACAUACGGCAUACAAGGUAUUGCUUCAGUCUUCUUGAAGAUUCAAGAGGAAGGGCUUGAUAUCCCAACGGAGGGGCGGGCAGCCGACGCACUAUGGUCGAAAGUGCUUUCAGCAGGCCUUGAUGGUGGGCUGGAUCUCAUGAUGGUUGUAGAAUACGCUAAGGGAUUGGAAAAAAGGUCUGGUAAACACUGGGACAAGCUCUAUGUCACGAUCGUGACGGCCGGGCUACGAAGUAAUGUGGCGCUUGCUUUGGAUUGGCACCAGGUGCUAAAGGACAUUUUCGAGCUGCAGCCCGCAGCUUAUGGAGAGCUCCUACAUUCAUGUAUAGAGUACGAGAGUCUCGAGGUUUUUUCACAGAUCUACGGUGGCUGCAACUCGUCCCUGUAUGGGACCAUCAUCCCAAUUCUUUGCAAGCGAGGCUUGUUCGAUACGGCGUUUGAUUGGCAUUUCAAACUACUCAGCGCGAGCGAUCUUCCGGUACUCUUAGAGGAUAUUGAAUCCUUACUUCUGCACUACGCACGCCGGGAUGAGGAAAUGUUUGGAAAGCUCACCACAAGCGUGCUCACCUCAAAAGCCAUCAAGAUUCAGCGCCCAUUGCAGAAGUUCUUACAGAGCCAACGAAGGAUCAGUAAGGAGGUUGCUGAUCGGCAGUUGAGACUUGCAGCUCAAUCCACCUACAAAGCUCCGCUGAGUGAUACAUUUUGCGCACGACUGUUCGCGACCCGGUUCUUUCGAGUCGAUAGUGUUAUCAUAGGUCUACAAACGAUGGGACUGGAAAGUUUGGGCCCAUUGUCUGUACGCGAGAUUGUCGUGCGCAAUGAUUGUGAUAUCACUGCAAUUUUUCGUCAUUUUGAUCGUCUGCGUGACGCAGGCAUCGCACUGGGUCUAUCAGACUAUAUCAUUUUGAUCCGAAGGGCAAUGAUCGCAAACAAAAGAUGGCUUCUACAAUCCAUUAUGGAUUUUGAUGCUCAUCCUGAAACGUAUAAGGAUUAUGGACUUCAGGAAAAAAUCUUUACCAAAUAUCUCGCCGUGAAUGAUGUGGUGGGAAUGGAACGAACGCUUGCCAUACUCACGUUACAUAAUGCAAAUGAUUCUUUCGAAUCGAGAAGAAUCAACAUCAUCUUGCGUGCAUCCAUGAGACUGCGACAGCGCGCGAAAAUGACUUCACUUUUGGCCCAAAUGAAUGCUGCUAGUAUCCCUUUGGAGCCUGCAUCAAGUCGGACCAUGCGCGUGACCUUGCUUAAUAAAAGACGUACAGGCAAAGUUGAUGUGAUUGAUGAAACAUUACAAAAUAUUGAUCUGCACGUUAAUGUAAUGAGAAAGACACUUGAAGGUGGCAGGUGUGUCCCCAUCACCUCUUGGAAGGAAAUCCUACGGCGCUUGGGAAUGGCAGGGCGUCUCGCCGAAUGCAAGUCUCUGGUUCUUUGGCUCGCCGAAUUCUACAUGAAGCAUCCUGAACUAGGAAUGGACAGAACGAUGUCUUCCUGGGGUGCGCGGGAAGAUGGCGAGUCGAUUUCAGAGCCAACUUACGAUCUGAGCCUGCCCAACGGCGAUGUGUGGAUGGGAACGAAAUCCCUAAAUCCCAUAUACCAACUCGAACAACUCUUCACAACCUCUGCUCAACAUGCCUUCAUCGCAUGGGGUUUCCAGCAGGAAGCUAAACAACAAUAUAGCUGGUUGGUCAUGCAUGAUAGUGCUGAGGAGCCCAUCUAUACAUGGGGACUCGUCCUUCUGCGUCAAUUACGGGAUCGUGGUGUCAAAGUCAGCGAUAAAGUAGUCUCACAUUACUGCGAACAGCGACUGAGGACCCUGUUCAAUGACAACUUCGUCUCUCACAGAUAUGUCAACCGAUCAUCUCAACGAUUCCUGAAGCAAGAGCAAAUGAAGACCGGAACGCCAAAGAUUCGAUCCUUUGCGAUUUAUUUUCAAGCUAUGGAGAAAGCUUGGGGUCAGAAGCCAUUUAGUCUGCCUCCUGCAUUGCAGAUUCGACUCGAUAGAUUGAGGCUCGACCAGCCGGACCGAUAG